AUGGACCAGCUGGAGGUGCAUUGGCGAACCUGCCGAAAGAACAACCGAGCCCAAGGCGAGGAAGGGAACGGACGAGCCAGAUGGAGCACCUGUACCGCGAGGCUCGAUCCCGCCUACCGUGUCCGACGCGACGCCCAGCGCGACCUCGAGGUGCUCGCGUCCGGCGGCGGCCUACUGGCCGACUCGGCGGCCGCCGACGUGCUCGGCACCGACGAGAAGGGCCGGUCUUACAAGUACCCGCUGCCCGCGCCCCUGCCGGAGAACAGCAAGCUUCAAGCCCGGUAUCACCCUGUGCUGGAGCAGCUGACGAACGUCAUGAUGAGGCACGGCAAGAAGAGCGUCGCGCAAAGGAACAUGGCCAUGAUCCUCAACCACCUCCGCACGGCGCCGGCCCCGAUCCUCAGCACCAAGAACCCCCUCAUGGCGGGCCACCCGCCGGGCUCGCACUUCCCCCUCAACCCCGUCAUGUACCUGACCAUCGUCAUUGACAGCGUGGCGCCCCUCGUCAAGGUCCGGUACAUCCCCGGCGCCGCGGGCGGUGGCCGCGCCCUCGAGAUGCCCGGCCCGCUCGCUGUGCGACAGCGCCGCCGCCUGGCGUUCCAGUGGAUCCUCGACGCCGUCGCCAAGAAGAGGUCGACGGGCAGCGGCCGGACGCAGCUCGCGCACCGCAUCGCCAACGAGAUCAUCGCCAUUGCCGAGGGUCGGUCCGGCGUCUGGGAGAAGCGGAUUGCCGUGCACAAGCUCGCCACGUCGACGCGAGCUAACCUGACGGCGCAGCAGGUCAGGACCGGCACCGAUGGGUUUCCAAUGAUGAGAAGCUUGUGCCAUGUCACUUCGGUUUGGGUCCUGCUGUUUCGCCAGAGUGCUGAAGCGACACUUCAUCCGCCAGCCAUGUCAUCUCCGGCUUAG